ACGCGUCACUCGUUGAUAACGCAAAACUACCGCUUGACUUGAUAGGAACACCAUACCGAGGGUAAAAAAACAAAACAACGGAAAACAAGGCAACAGGCACCGGUCUCACUUUGCACAUUUCUGACAUUGCCAUGAAAUGAGGGCACCAUGGGCGCCAAAGAGUCACGGAUAGGCUUCCUUUCGUAUGACGAGGCCGUUAAAAGAGUUACCGAUGUGGAGCUCAAACGUCUGCGAGAUGCCUUUAAGAGGACCAGUGGCCUGUCAGUGUAUAUGACCCAGCAAUGCUUCUUCAGAGAAGUCCUGGGCGACGGAGUGCCACCAAAGGUUGCAGAAGUGAUCUACAACUCAUUUGGUGGCACAUCCAAAGGGCUACACUUCAACUAUCUGAUCGUCGGCCUGGUUUUGUUAACAAGAGGGCGUGAUGAAGAGAAAGCCAAAUACAUCUUCAGCUUGUUCGCGAGUGAUUCUGGCACCUUUGUGGUCCGGGAGGAUGUGGAGAACAUGCUGCGCUCAGUGGAUGGGGAGGUCCCGCCUUCUCUCAGGAAGUGCUUUACUGAGGGGGAGAAGGUGAAUUAUGAGAAGUUUAAGAGCUGGCUGCUUCAGAAUAAAGAUGCUUUCACGUUCUCCCGCUGGCUGCUGUCAGGUGGUGUGUGCGUAACGUUGACUGACGACAGCGACACACCCACCUUCUAUCAAACCCUGGCAGGUGUCACUCACUUAGAAGAAUCAGACAUUAUCGACUUGGAAAAACGCUACUGGCUGCUGAAAGCUCAAUCAAGGACAGGCCGCUUUGAUUUGGAAACCUUUGUCCCGCUGGUCUCGCCCCCUAUUCAUGCAUCGCUGAGUGAAGGCUUGUUUCACGCCUUUGAUGAGAAUCGGGACAAUCAUAUUGACUUUAAGGAGAUAUCCUGUGGGCUCUCAGCUUGCUGUCGCGGCCCAGUAGCGGAGAGGCAGAAGUUUUGUUUUAAAGUGUUCGACGUAGAUCGUGAUGGAGUUUUGUCCAGGGACGAGAUCCACGAGAUGGUGGUGGCGCUGCUGGAGGUGUGGAAGGAUAACCGAACAGACACUCUUCCUGAGUUUGAUUCCAGUGUGUCAGAGAUUGUGGAGGACAUAUUGAAAAUGCACGACACAACAAAACAAGGACAUUUAACUCUAGAGGACUAUCAGAUAUGGAGUGUGAAAAGUGCCCUCGCCAAUGAGUUCCUCAACUUGCUGUUUCAGGUGUGUCAUAUUGUCCUGGGCCUGCGUCCUGCCACCCCUGAAGAGGAAGGCCAGAUCAUUAGGGGUUGGUUGGAGAGGGAAAGCAGGCACGGUUUACAGCCCAGUCAAAACUGGUUCCUGAUCUCCAUGCAGUGGUGGCAGCAAUGGAAAGACUAUGUCAGAUAUGAUAAUAAGUCGAUUGUCAUGGAGCAGCCAUCAGUGCAGGGCAGCGGGAUGAGAAGUUCUCAGUCUGCUGCAUCUGUAGAGCCUAUCCUCAACAGAAUUGGAUUAGUGGUUCGCUCCCCCAGUUCCCCAGAAGAAAAAUUCCCUGACAACAUCUCCAGCUCAUCAGAGGCUUCAGAGAGCACUGGUAAUAGCCUAACCCCACACAUCAGCUCCUCUGCCACAGACGUGUGCUUUGCUCGGCAGCACAACAUCUCUGACAACAACAACCAGUGUUUCUCAAGCGCCAAUGGCCAUUUGCCUAACAGCUUGGCCGUGCAGAGACCCGGUGCGAUAGACAACCAGCCUCUGGUGACCACCGAGCCCAUGAAGGCACCCACGCUGACUAUGGAAGGAGGUCGACUGAAGAAGUCCCAUCAACUGUUGUCUGGCCGGGAGUUUGAGACGGUUCCAGAGCCGGUGUGGAGAGCACUUUACCACUGGUAUGGGGCCAACCUUAGUCUGCCCCGACCGGUUAUCAAGUCUACAGUCAAGGCACAGCCUGAGCUAGAGCUCUUCCCCCUUUACCUUCUGUUCCUGCGACAGCAACCGGCCACACGGAGCCCUCAGUCCAACAUCUGGGUCAAUAUGGGUAAUGUUCCUUCUCCCAACGCCCCGCUCAAGCGAGUGCUGGCAUACACAGGCUGUUUCAGCAGAAUGUGCACCAUUAAAGACAUUCACGAGUACCUGUCCCAGAGGUUACGCAUCAAAGAAGAGGACAUGCGCCUCUGGCUUUACAACAGCGAGAAUUACCUCACUCUCCUGGACGAUGAAGAUCACACUUUAGAAAGCUUGAAAAUUCCAGAUGAACAGCACUUAGUCAUUGAGGUUCGAAACAAAGAUAUGAGCUGGCCAGAGGAAAUGUCUUUCAUUGCAAACAGCAGCAAAAUCGACAGACACAAAGUUCCUACUGAGAAAGGUGCCACAGGUUUGAGUAAUCUGGGCAACACGUGCUUCAUGAACUCCAGUAUUCAGUGUGUAAGCAAUACCAAGCCCCUCACUGAGUACUUCAUCUCAGGGCGACACCUUUAUGAGCUUAAUAGAACUAAUCCAAUAGGAAUGCGUGGUCACAUGGCCAAAUGCUAUGGUGAUUUGGUACAGGAACUAUGGAGCGGCACUCAAAAGAAUGUUGCGCCUUUGAAACUUAGGUGGACGAUAGCAAAGUACGCGCCAAGAUUCAAUGGCUUCCAGCAGCAAGACUCCCAGGAGCUUUUGGCCUUCCUGUUGGAUGGGCUUCAUGAAGACUUGAAUCGUGUGCAUGAGAAGCCGUAUGUGGAGCUCAAGGACAGUGAUGGACGGCCGGACCAUGAGGUUGCUACAGAGGCCUGGGAAAACCAUUUGCGGAGAAAUCGCUCUAUCGUGGUGGACCUCUUCCAUGGGCAGCUCAGAUCCCAGGUGAAGUGCAAGACCUGUGGCCACAUAAGCGCACGCUUCGACCCCUUUAACUUCCUAUCGCUGCCUCUGCCAAUGGACAGCUCCAUGCACUUAGAAAUCACAGUCAUCAAACUUGACGGCUCCACUCCAGUGCGAUACGGGCUCCGUCUCAACAUGGAUGAGAAGUACAUGGGGCUAAAAAAACAGCUGAGCGAGCUCUGUAGCCUGAAACCUGAGCAGAUCCUACUGGCCGAAGUUCACACGUCCAACAUCAAGAACUUUCCUCUGGAUAACCAGAAGGUGCGACACUCUGUCAACGGCUUCCUCUGUGCGUUUGAGAUCCCUGUGCCUGGUUCACCCACUUCAGUCACUUCUCCUGUUCAAACAGAAAAACCACCUAUUGCCAAUGGGACAGCAGGAAACAAUCAUAUUGGAAAGUCUGGCCUGAUUCCUAAUGGUAUGCCCAGUACAGUGGUCCCCUGCACCCUUGAGAAACCCCUCGCCAAUGGUAUCCCCAAUGGCCAUGCUGUGCCAGUGCAGGACAGCCCAUUCAUUGGCUACAUUAUUGCCAUGCACAGAAAGAUGAUGCGGACGGAACUGUACUUCCUGUCCUCUCAGAAGAACAGGCCCAGUCUGUUUGGUAUGCCUCUGAUUGUGCCAUGCACAGUGCACACGAGUAAGAAGGACCUGUAUGAUGCUGUGUGGAUUCAAGUGUCCCGACUUGCAAGUCCACUGCCGCCGCAGGAAGCCAGCAACCAUGCUCAAGACUGUGAUGACAGUUUGGGCUAUCAGUACCCCUUUACGCUGCGGGUGGUGCAGAAAGAUGGUAACUCCUGUGCCUGGUGUCCCUGGUACAGGUUCUGCAGAGGCUGCACAGUGGACUGUAAUGAAGACAGAGCAUCUUUGGGGAAUGCCUACAUUGCUGUAGACUGGGAUCCCACCGCCUUGCACCUUCGUUACCAGACGUCUCAGGAAAGGAUAGUUGAAGAGCAUCCCAGUGUUGAGCAGAGUCGACGCGCUCAAGCAGAGCCCAUCAGUCUGGACAGCUGUCUGAAAGCCUUCACCAGUGAAGAAGAGCUGGGAGAGGACGAGCUCUAUUACUGCUCCAAGUGUAAAACACACCGCCUGGCCACUAAGAAGCUGGACCUCUGGAGGCUGCCUCCUGUACUGAUUGUUCAUUUGAAACGCUUCCAAUUUGUAAAUGGUCGAUGGAUCAAGUCUCAGAAGAUUGUGAAGUUUCCACGCGAGAGCUUCGACCCCAGUGCGUUCCUUGCCCCACGGGAGGUGUCUCAGAGCCUUGGCAGCCUGCAGAGCCUGCAGAGCGAGUGCCUGGUGGAGGAGCUCCAGAGGCUGGAGAGAGGAGACUCCUCUGUGUCCUCCAUCUCCACCACCACCUUGGCCAGUCCUCCCAUAUCUGGCAGAGCCACCCCGUGCUCCAUCAGGAGGGUCGGCAGUCCCCUGAGCAGAAACAGCAGUCCCGGCAGCAGCCCCAGAAACACAGGCCGAAAACAGGGCCGCUUGCGUCUUCCCCAGCUGGGCAGCAGACAUCGACUCUGCAACAGCAAAGAAAACCUGGAAGCCUGUAGCACCAACAAGGAGAGCGAGAGCGAGGCCGAGCAAAGCGCAGUGACGGACGGGGAGAAUCUGACCCCUGAUGCCAACACACAAGACACCUGGUCACUAGACGCCUCCAGCAACGACUGCGAUGUCAUUAUGGUGAAUGGACUAGGACAGGACAGCAGUCAGAGCAAUGGACAUUCAGAGGUCAGCGCCGAUCUGGACACCCCUCACCAAAGAAAUGACAUCUGCCUGGAGUCCCUGUAUAAUUUAUAUGCAAUCUCAUGCCAUUCGGGAAUAAUGGGAGGGGGGCACUAUGUGACUUAUGCCAAAAACCCCAACGAAAAAUGGUACUGUUACAAUGACAGCAGCUGCAAGGAAGUGCACUCGGACGAGAUUGACACAGAUUCAGCCUACAUCCUGUUUUAUGAGCAACAGGGAGUGGACUACUCGCAGUUUCUGCCAAAAACGGAGGGCAAGAAGAUGGCAGACACCACUAGCAUGGAUGAAGACUUUGAAUCUGACUACAAGAAGUACUGUGUGCUGCAGUGACACCACAUGAAGCUCUUCCACAUGAAAGACACUAGAGGGGUCUGUCAGUAUGCUGUACGCCUCGCCGCCCCACAGGACCGCCAUUUGUGAAAGCACAAAAUAUCAGUUAGCCGACAGGCACGACACCGCCGCUGACUGCGCUUUCAAAAUAGAGGUACCUGACACUGCAGAUACACCAGGGAGAAGGCCAACGAGUGACAACUGUAGCUCACCAUCACGUGAUUGUUGCCAAGCAGACAAAAAAAUAUCUCCUAGCCAAUUCCUCCAUAUCAGCAGACAGACAGACCAAACUGCUCUUUCACAUGCCAACCCACACAGGUGAAUCCAAAAAUCAAACACUGCUCAAUUUCAGAAUGCUGAUGGAGAAAACAGGUCCUUUUUAAUUCGAAAAUGGUUGGUAUGAAUGAUACGUUUCUCUCAAGGUUUUGUUGGUUAAUUCCUUUUUUUUUACGGUGACCGAAAGACGUUAACGCUCUGGAAUUUAAGAAAACACAUGCAUAUACAAAAAACACUAGCAAAUUAAGAAACGAUCUUCAUCAGUUUGACAGCACACGUGUUGCAAAUUCCCACAGUGCAAACCACUGAAUAAACGCACUGCAUUUUGUCACAACACAAACAACUGAAUUAACGCACUGCAUUUUGUCACAACACAAACAACUGAAGAAACGCGCUGCAUUUUGUCACAACGCUUACAAAUAUCCAUGUAACAUAACGAAAAUGUUUCAAGGGGACCCAAAAACAUGACGGACUCUGCUGAGAUAUGGAUGUGGUAUUAUGCUGUGACUGUUGCUCAGUCAAGUUGUCGGUGGUCUUUGAAAUAUUGGAAUUUUUUUGUUUGAUUGCUAUAUUCCAUUGUCUUUUGCACUUAAACUUAAACGUUGCGUUAUUAAAGUUGUUUGCGUAGUGACAAAAUAGAGCGCGUUUCUUUAGUUGUUUGUGUUGUGACAAAAUGCAACACGUUUCUGCAAUUGAUUGCAUUGUGAGAAUUUGCAACACGUGCGCUGGCAAACAGAUGAAGAUCGUUUCUUAAUUUGCUGGUGUGUUUUUGUAAUCUCAUGUGUUUUCUAAAAUUCCAGCGUGUUUAGCUUUCUCAGCCACCAUACUUUUUCCAUAAGUUCCAUACACUACCUCACAUCUUUCAUAAUUUAUUGGCCAACUGUUCAUAUAAAAAAUCAAUGACAGUAUUAUAUCAUCCGAGGGCAGUUGAAAUCAUUUACUUUAAUUAAAUUGUCAUCAAGAAAGAUUUCUUCCAACCAAUUGAACUAUCCUCCCUCUCCUCUGCUGCCAAAUGAUGCUAUUUUUGUUGUUUUAGACCUUAUUUAAAAUGGUUAUUUCCAGAUUUUGAUUCUCUUUAGAAGAGUAUAUGUAAAUCUUUUUUCUUUUAAAUUUUUUAUAUGUUUAUUUUAUCUUUUUUUUUUUUAAAUGCAGUAGUUCACUUUGCCUAAACGCGUUCGCUUUCAGCUUUAGUCUGACCAAACCAUGUCCUUUCAACAAAAGCGCAGCUUUUCACACGUUUUCUUAUUACCACUGUACGUUCUUGCUUCACAAAAUACUGUUGACCGCAGACAGAGACUAAAAACAGCUAGCGGAAACAUAUCUUAUGGAUGAGACUCCACAUGUCCAAGCCAAAGUGUUGAACCGGUCAUGUACAUAGUUUGUGGCAAGCUUCGAAAGCCGUUAGAUGAGAGCGUCUGUCGCGUGAACAGUAUUAGCACAGGAAUCUUUCACACGCUUUGCUUUUAGAGAACAGCAUUCUCGCUAAACUGCUGACGGUUGGGGAUGUCUGUGGCUGCUCCAGGUUAUUAGUAGCAUUUCUUCAGUGACUCUUGCUGAAAGAGCCCACCUUAAUUACCACUGUGAAAAGAUGAAAUCUGAAAUACUGAAUGGCUCUUAUUUUUCAGCGACCCAUCAACCCAACGAGCUCCUCCUGCGAGGGGACGUUAAACCUUUCAGAAAUCAUCGGGAAUCAUUCAAAAGCACCCAUUUUGCUGCUGUACUCUUCAUGGAUAUUCUAAAUAUUUGCCAUCAAAUAAAGGUGUAUCCCUGUCGGAAAAAAAGAAAUGAAGUAAACACACAGCUGUAUUAAUCAACUGUCAACAUUUUUAGGUGUUUUAACGUUUAAAGAAAAAGAGAGAUCCAAAUUCAAAGCUUCAACUGAAAAUUGGCCGAAUGGGGUUUUAAACAUUGGCUUUUUUUGAUACAGGGAUAAUUUAUUCAAAUGGCAAAAUGAUCUCUUUUCCAAGUAGUGCAAUCAACUACUGAUACGUGUGUCUUCGUCCAUGUCGUUAGUCCUAAUUUCUGUUAAAUUAAUUUUGAUGCUAGAGAUGUAUUAAUUUAAUGAACUUUAUUUUGUAAAGUGUUGUUUAAAGAAAAACCGAUUGACAUUGCACUGACAAAUGUACAUAAAUGUUUUGUAAAUACGCCAAUGAAAACGAUGAUGUAUUUGAAAAUGAACUGUACAAAUGUACUUGUAGUUGUAUAUGGAGUGACGACGUUGAUCUGUAACAAUUAUUCAAGAAACGAAUUAAAUGCAGCCAAAUGCGA